CGCGGAGGACCGUCCUCCCCCUGCGGCUGUAACUCCUGAGUUGCCGCCCUUGGUCAGCAGAAGAGGAAGGGGCGGGGUCUGCGCUGAUGCGCAUGCGCACACAGCCUCCGCCCCGGAGUGGUCGCUCUAGGCCGCGGGGAGGUCGCGGGGUUGCGGGGCCUGAGUAGCGACUGCUGCCUCUCCUCUAUGGUCACGGGCCGGGGGCACUCUCCUCCGCGGUCAGUCCUAGGUUACUUCCGGAAGUGAAGCCUCCCCCUCUGCUGCUUCUGGGAUCCUGGCCGGGGGCUAUGGCCGGGUUAGCCCCUGGACGAGUGAAACGGAUUUUAUGAAAAUCUGAAGCAGUUUCCUGAAUCUGAAAUUUUUUGUGUCUGUGGAUCCUGGAAUUUGCUGAGCAAUGGAGGAGCCCAAGCAAAGUAACCUGAACACAACAGGCCCGGAGAAGGACGACCCUCCCACAGACCCCUGCCCUCCAAUCUCUGUUAGUGAGUUUUCUUGCCACUGCUGUUAUGACAUCCUGGUUAACCCCACCACCUUGAACUGUGGGCAUAGCUUCUGCCGGCACUGCCUCGCUCUGUGGUGGGUGUCUUCGAAGAAAACCGAGUGUCCAGAAUGCAGAGAAAAGUGGGAAGGUUUCCCCAAGGUCAACAUUCUCCUCAGGGAUGCCAUUGAAAAGUUAUUUCCUGAUGCCAUUAGAAUGAGACGUGAAGACAUUCAGCAAAAUAAUGACAUAGUCCAAAGUCUCGCAGCCUUUCAAAAAUACGGGAACGAACAGAUUCCUUCAGCUGCCAACACAGGCCGAGUGAACCAGCAGAGAGGAGGGGGGUUCUUCUCCGGGGUGCUCACAGCUUUAACUGGUGUAGCAGUGGUCCUGCUAGUGUAUCACUGGAGCAGCAGGGACUCCGAGCACGACCUCCUGGUCCACAAGGCUGUGGCCAAAUGGACCGCAGAAGAAGUCAUCAUCUGGCUAGAGCAGCUGGGCCCAUGGGCCUCUCUCUACAGAGACAGGUUUUUAUCCGAAAGAGUAAAUGGAAGAUUGCUUUUAACUUUGACAGAGGAAGAAUUUUCCAGGGCACCAUAUACCAUAGAAAACAGCAGCCACAGAAGAGCCAUCCUCAUGGAGCUGGAGCGCGUGAAAGCACUAGGUGUGAAGCCACCCCAAAAUCUCUGGGAAUAUAAGGCCGUAAACCCGGGCAGAUCCUUGUUCCUGCUGUAUGCCCUCAAGAGCUCUCCAAGGCUCGGUUUGCUGUACCUAUACCUGUUUGACUACACAGACACCUUCCUCCCCUUCCUCCACACCAUAUGCCCUCUACAGGAAGACGGCUCCGGCUCCACCUCUGGCUCUGGGGACCACAUCCUCAGUAAGCUCCUGGACCUGAGAGAGCCCACGUGGAAGCAGUGGCGAGAGUUCCUUGUCAAAUACUCCUUCCUUCCCUACCAGCUCAUAGCCGAGUUUGCCUGGGACUGGCUGGAGGUCCAUUACUGGACAUCGAGGUUUCUCAUUGUCAAUGCCAUGUUACUGUCAGUUCUGGAAUUAUUCUCCUUUUGGAGGAUCUGGUCAAGAAGUGAGCUGAAGACAGUACCUCAGAGGAUGUGGAGCCACUUUUGGAAAGUGUCAACGCAGGGGCUUUUCGUGGCCAUGUUCUGGCCCCUCAUUCCUCAGUUUGUUUGCAACUGUCUGUUUUACUGGGCCCUGUACUUCAACCCAAUUAUUAAUAUUGAUCUUGUGGUUAAGGAAGUCCGACGGCUGGAAACCCAAGUGUUGUGACUGGCACUACCCUGGCUCUGGAAAACUCUUCGGAUCUCCCUGAGCCCUGAUGCUUCAGAAGGCAAGGGAGGAAGCAGACUUCCCUGUUUCUACCCCUGGUAAAGCAAGGUGCUGCUUUAUGUCAAAGGCUUCAACCAGGUCCUCUCUCCCUCUGCCUGUGGCACAGUGGCAGCAGAGACUGAUGUCCCAGUGCACAGAGGACUGUCUGGCCAGCACAGCAGCAGCCCCUCCCCUGCCUCCCUCACAGGGACUGGGGAGGCUGAGGCCACAGUGGCUGUACAGUGUGGGUGAUGUCAGAAGGCCACCAUGUCGGCCAGUCCCCCCUUGCCCUAAUCUCAGUGACUGACAGAGGCUCCCAUAGUCUGAUACACCAGGCUUAUUGGGGCCAAGCAUGACCUGUGAAAAACAGGGAUAAGAUUUGUCAUAGGUAUAGAUAGUUAUACAUGAACAAUACAGAGGAAAAUUCAAAAUUCAAUCAGCAGUUCUUUCUUGUGGAAUAGUUGGUAGGCUUCAGAGUAAACCUCUAAAGGAAUUCAGAUUGAGGUUAAACUGAUGGGUAACUGUCUUCACUGUUUCUGUUUCUGCAAUCAUUGGGAGACUGGAUCCCUUCCUGGAAGGGGAGAGGGGUGUGAGUGGAAUGUCAGGGGUGAGUAGAAUGUAAUUCACUUCAUCUGAGCUGAGUCGGGCUACUUAAAAGCAGUUUGGGGUUUUGUUUUGUUUUUAAAAAUUUAAUUUGUAAAAUAAAUCCAAGAUAGUCUUUGUGCAAGGAAACAUUUUAUAAAUUGACCUCACACUGUAUAAUGUAUAGCCUUUAUCAUCCUGUUCUGAUAUGUAAACAGCAGGUAUAAUUAAGCCACGUGCUAUUAUUGUAAAUACCAGGAAUGAGCUGAAAGGUGGCCUUUCAUUUCCUUCCAGUGUGAAAAAUAGCAAGUAUGUUCUCAUCAAGAUUGGCUUGAGGGAGAUAGGCUUGCAUCCAAAGUGUGUGUUUGUGACUCCACAAACCAUUCCUUAACCCUUUGUAUCUUUGAGCAAAGAUUUCACUCAAGCUGCAUUUGAAAGUUUGAAGAAAUUACUUCAAAUAAAAAUAAAGAUUUUUAU